AGUUCAUGAGAAAAUAUUCGGUAUUGGUUUUUGUGGCAUAAAUGACCUCAUAGUUAGAUUUUUCGAAUUUGUGCGUCACUUAUUGUCUGACUUCGCUGUGUGGAGUUUCCCACUCAUUGGAAUGUCCUAUUCUCCACAUCAUGGUGGAGCUAAUAAGAGAAGUGCAUAUCUGGGGAAGGAUGGCCUACCAAACUUGGAUUCUUUAAAAAUUUCAAACAAAGACACAAAUAUUGAUAAAGAAUAUAAAACAGACCCAGGUAGUCUGAUGAACGGUGCAGUUGCAAAGUUGGCAAACGGAGUAUCUCCCGUCGAAGGGUACGUUGGAUAUUCCAACCUACCUAAUCAGAUAUACCGAAAGGCUGUGCGCAAGGGAUUUGAAUUCAAUAUCUUGGUUGUUGGGGAGUCAGGUGUUGGAAAGUCUACCUUUGUGAACUCACUGUUUCUCAGUGAAGUUUACAAUGCCGAACAUCCUGGUCCUUCUAAACGUCUAAAGAAAACUACAUGUGUACAGUCGCAUACAGUUAUACUAAAGGAAAACGGCGUAUACCUGAAACUGAACUUAAUAGACACACCCGGUUUUGGCGACUGCAUAGAUAACACCGAUUGUUGGCAACCGGUUUUGGAUUAUAUCGUUUCGCGCUUCGAUGAUUACAUUUCUGGGGAAAGUCGAGUAAAUCGUCCUUGUCAGAGCAUCCCAGAUCAACGUGUUCAUGCAUGCAUUUACUUUAUUGCUCCGACAGGACAUUCACUAAAACCACUGGAUUUAGAAUUCCUUUCGCGUAUACAAGAUAAAGUUAAUGUGAUUCCAGUAAUUGCUAAAGCCGAUACACUGACUCCAGAAGAAUGUCGUGAAUUCAAGAAGACAAUAUUAAAUGAUCUGGCUUCUCGGAAAAUACGCGUUUUUGAGUUCCUUGAUCCACCAGAAUGUGCAGAUCGAAGCAAUGAUGAAGAGUUAAUUAAACUACGGCGUCUUCGUGAUAGAGUCCCUUUUGCUAUUGUUGGAGCUAAUACACUAAUUACCAAUGAUUCUGGAGCUCGGGUCCGAGCGCGUUCUUACCCUUGGGGUGUUGUAGAGGUGGAAAAUAUGGAUCACAGUGAUUUCGCUGCUUUACGUUAUCUUUUACUAAGCGUGUAUAUGCAGGAAUUACGUGAUGUGACGCAUAAUAUUCAUUAUGAAAACUAUCGAAACGCCAAACUUUCUGGUAUUGCAAUGGAAAGUCACUUCCAAACACGUGAUGGCAAAGAUCCAAUGGCUCUUAUGGAAGCUGAGAAAAAAGAACAUGAAGCUAAAAUGCGUAAAAUGGAAGCUGAGAUGGAAGCUGUUUUUGAACAGAAGGUACAAGAAAAGAAUCAAAAACUCCGUGAAUUAGAAUCCGAUUUAAUGCGACGUGUAGAACAAAUGCGAGAACAAUUGAAAGCUCAAGAAUUAGAACAGGAGGCUGCUCGUCGGUCAUUUGAAUUAGAACGUCAAAAUUGGGAAGAGAAUUGGCGUGAAUGGGAUAUUGGUGCAGAUAUUGGAGCGAAUGGUCCAACACUAGGUCUUGGUGAACGUGUUAUGAAUGAAGUGAUUAAAGAACGUGCAAAAACUGAGAAAAAGAAAAAAGGACUUUUCUAGUUCUCUUGGUUUUGUUUUUUUUUUGGGGGGGGGGAGGGGAUUUUUAAUGUUUUUCCCUGAUUUUUAUUGUCUUUUUUUCGUCAACCUGGUGAAGUAGGAGAGAUAAAGAAAGGUAGAGGCUCUACACAUUUAUCCUUCAGUGAAGAUUAUACUGUUAACCAGUAAAAUUAUAAUUAUAAAGUGUUUUGGUCGUACUCUGGUAUUUUAGUGCAUUUCCUCAGAAUAAUUUUUAUUUGAUAUAAAAAAGAAAGAAAUCAGGUCAUUCUGAUAAUAUCUACUUGCAUUUAGGUCAUCAUUGCGUAAUUUUCGGUGUUUCUUGACAGUGUUUCUGUCGUUUCUUCUUUGUUGUUUUUCGUUUUCUUUGUUUUUGUUACCUAAUCUCACAUAUGUUAAUUAUUCUGUUUUCUUUUCUGCUAUCCGAGUGAAGAAUAAGAAGGAUUGUAUGUGCUUGAGAAUAAUAACAGUAAUUAUUAUUAUUAGUAUUACUAUGACACAUUAUUAUUAUUCUAAUUAUGAUAAUUAUUUAAAUAUCAACUCAGACCUGUGGUUUUAUCUUUUUUUGUAAUGACUGACUUCCUUCUCUAUGACUUCCCAAGUGUUGAUGGAUUAGUAGUGCGAUUGAGGUGUCCAAGAAUGUGUGUGUAUUUGUGUGUGUGUGUGUGUGUGUUACAGUCAAUAACGGGACACUUGACCAUGUCUGUCAAAUUAUCUUGGUCUUCAUUUUAUCGCUUAAUAUUCUCUUUAGCGUUAUAAUUUUUUGGCUUAUUGUGUUUUCUGGGAAAUAUUGUCAUUGAUACUCUUGCUAUUAUGUCUACCGCUUUUGCUGUUGCAAAACCAUCUGCGAAAACCGUCUUUUAUUUUAACGAGUAUACCUAACUUGACGUCAUAUAUUAUAUUUAUGUGUAUGAAUUUAUUUGUUCGACUCUCUUUUUUCUCCUAACAAUCAACAUUUUUAUUGUUUUAUUAUUAAUACUAUUACUAGUGAUAAUAAUAUUUAUAUUCAUUCCUUUUUCAGGUAUUUGCCAAUAUAUAUAUAUAUAUAUAUAUA